AGUAAAUAUUACUGGGCAUGCGCAAUCCAAAUUAAGCAACAAUGGCAGAAGGCGAGCGAGAUCGAAUACUUGCUGAAUUUCAGGCUUUUACAGCCUUGGAGGACAUUGAUACUUGCAUCCAAAUCUUGGAGUCAAAUGAAUGGAAUUUAAUGAGAGCAGUAAACAGUGUAAUGCCAGGAUCUGAUGGAGGAUUAUCCCCAACUGGUGGGGAGCCCCCUCCUUCAGGGUUUGAGGACAUAAGCCCCCCUCCUUACUCUGCAUCCUCACCAGACAAUGAUAACAACAUUGCAGACUCCAGGGCCUUUUUUGACCCCAGUUCUGCAUCAGAAUGCAAUGUAGCCAUCCCCUCCACAAGUAAUUCAUCCCCAAAGCGAAGACAUCCAGGAGGUGGCCCAAGACCCAGGAUGUUAAAUUUUAAAGUGGAGUACAGAGAUCGAAAUUUUUAUUUCAGUGUCGGGGACAAUGAAAAAAUUGGGAAAGUGAAAGAUCUUCUGUCUCAGAAAAUUGGAGUGUCUCCAGAAAAACAGAGCUUGAGAGGCUGGAGUACCAGGAAAACAAGAGUGGAGGAUGAUAAAAUUCUGAGAGAUCUGCAUCUUCCUAAAGAGAACACAUUAUUUCUAUUGACUCCUGAUGUCUCCAAUCCCACACUUGUCAAACCAACAGUGGAUGUAGAGAUGGAAAGUUUAACAGAAGCCCUAAAUAGAACAUAUGCUUUGCAUAUUAAUUUCACAGAAAAUGGAAAAGUGCAGCAUUAUAAGUUAAAUAUGCCUGGAAGUAAAACUAUUGGAGAGGUAAAAAGUGAUGUGUAUGCCCUCACAAACUUGCCAGCAAGACAUCAGAUAUGGACAGGGUGGCCUGAUUCUGCAAAAAAUGAUGACUCAAUGACAAUUGGCUGUUGUGGUUUGAAUUAUCCCAUCCAUAAUUUAGAGCUUACAAAAGCAAACAUUACAGCAAGACCUAACAAGGUGCCAUUUAAUGAGGUGGUACAGGAAAUAGAGAUCAGUGAUGAUGAUGAUGAUCUAAAUCCAAUGGAAGAUGACAUGUUUGAUCAGGAUGAUAUUCCAAGCAGAGGAAGACCUACACCUUUGAUGCCUGAGUCUGUAAAUGAUGAAGUAGAAGCAUUAGAACACUUUACCAAAGAAUUCAGAGAAAGGUAUGGAGAAACACAUCCAGUAUUCUAUGUUGGUUCUUUAGAAAAUGCAAUAAAAGAAGCUCUAAAUGGUAAAGCCAAAGAUAGAAAAUUGUUGGCUGUAUAUCUCCAUCAUGAUGGGAGUAUUUUAUCCAAUGUGUUCUGUUCCCAAAUCCUGUGUUCUGACAGUGUGGUUAAUUACCUUAGCAGUAAUUUUAUAACCUGGGCAUGGGAUAUGACGCAUGAGACAAACUGUGCCAGGCUUAUCACAAUGGCUACCAGACAUUUUGGUAAUGUAGUAGCCGGACAGAUCAGAUGUCUUAAACCAGAACAAUUGCCUAUGUUAUUAGUCAUUUCUAGAGCGAGAGCUACAAAUGAAGUAAUAGAUAUGAUUCCAGGGUCUGUAACAUUGGAUGAACUUAUGACCAGAUUAAUUCAUGAUUCAGAAAGCUUCCAACAACAGCAAAGAAUAGAUAUCCAAGAUGAGGAAGAGAGAGAGGCUCGGGACACAAUAAGGAGAGAGCAGGAGGAAGCAUUUAAAGAGUCACUAGCAGCUGACAGAAAGAAGGUUGAAGAACAAAGGAUUCAGCAGGAGCUGGAGAUUAAGAAACAGGAAGAGGAGGAGAGACAGAGGAGAGAGGAAGAGGAGAGAAAAAUGGCAAUACAACAAUCAGCAGCCUUGCAAAUGCCAGAGGAACCCCCAGAAAGUUCUACAGAAGCAGUAGCUCGAUUAAGGUUUAGAACACCUACCGGUGAUGUGAAACUUCGCCGAUUUAGGGCUUCCGAACCACUGAGAAAUGUCCUGUUUUAUCUGACUUCAGAGGGUUUUCAUAUAGAGGAUUACAAGAUUCUUACAACUUUUCCAAGAAGAGAUAUUUCACAGUUAGAUGAAAUGAAGACUUUAGAAGAGCUAAAGUUGUAUCCACAAGAGACAUUGAUAUUGGAAGAAAAAUGAUGGAAUGAAUGUGUUCAUUUGUGAUUUGUGAAUAGAAGUUGACCAUACGAGUGACUGUGAUAUGAUUUGCCUGUUUUUAACUGCAUUGUUAUAGGGAUGUCAAUGAACUCUGGUUGCAUCGUCAACUAACCGAAGGUUUUAGUCCAUAGAUAGUCAAUAAUACUAUGCGUGAAAAUAUAAUUAUCAGAACAUACAUGUAAGAUGUAACAGUGAAUGUCAAAUGACAUGAUAAAUGUAUCCAUUUUCAGACAUAUACAGUUUCAGAGGAAUUUUCACUUCUCAAAAAAAUAUGUUAAAAAUGCAUAUUC